AUGACGAUUCCGAUUGCCGACAUCGAUCCUGGCUCCCACAUCCUGGUUUUCCCUUACCCAGCCCAGGGACAUAUGCUAUCACUUCUUGAUCUCACCCAUCAACUAGCCAUCCGAGGCGUAUUCAUCACAAUUCUCGUCACUCCCAACAAUCUCCCCGUUUUAUCCUCUCUCCUCUCCGCCCAUCCAACUACCAUCACCACCCUCGUCCUCCCAUUCCCACCACACCCCUCCAUUCCUUCCGGCAUCGAAAAUGUCAAAGACCUACCAGCCGGUGGCUUCAAGUCCAUGAUGGUGGCCCUAGGCGAUCUACACAACCCCCUUCUCGAUUGGUUCCAGAAUCACCCUACCCCGCCGGUAGCCAUCAUCUCCGACAUGUUUCUUGGAUGGACUCAUCACCUCGCAUGCCAGCUUGGCAUCCGCCGUUACACCUUCUCUCCGUCUGGUGCGUUAGCUCUUUCCGUCAUCUUUUCCUUGUGGCGCUACCCACCCAAAAGGGCUGAACCACAAAACGAAAACGAGAUGAUAAGAUUUCCCAAAAUCCCGAAUUCCCCAGAAUACCCUUGGUGGCAGCUGUCCCCGAUUUAUCGAAGCUACGUGGAAGGAGACCCAACUUCGGAAUUCAUCAAAGAUGGCUUAUCCGCUAAUAUGGCGAGCUGGGGAAUCGUCAUCAAUUCGUUCUCCGAGUUGGAACGAGUUUACGUUGACCACCUUAAGGAAGAGCUCCGCCAUAAUCGUGUGUUCGCCGUUGGGCCUUUACUCCCUCCAAGCAAUAGUACAAUCAGCAGAGAUGGGUCCAGCUCAAAGGAAGUCCUAUCAUGGCUCGACACGUGUGCAUCUCAGUCGGUGGUGUAUGUCUGUUUCGGAAGUCAAGCGGUGUUGACCAACGAACAGAUGGAGGUGGUGGCAUUGGGUUUAGAGAAAAGCCUCGUAAACUUCGUCUGGUCGGUGAAAGAACCCACCGCCGGACACGUGACAGGAAAAUACGGCAAGAUUCCGGCUGGAUUCGAGGAACGUGUGGCCGGUAGGGGUGUUGUUGUUAGAGGGUGGGCGCCGCAGGUGGCUAUACUGAGUCAUGACUCGGUAAGUGCGUUCUUGACUCACUGCGGUUGGAACUCGAUCAUGGAAGCGGUGGCGGCGGGGGUUUUAAUGCUGACGUGGCCGAUGAGCGCUGACCAGUUCUCCAACGCGACGCUGUUGCACGAGUUGAAAGUGGGAAUCAGAGCGAGUGAGGGACCGGAUACUGUUCCUGACUCGGGCGAGUUAGCCGAGUUGUUUAGUAAAUCAUUGAGUGAGAAGACCCGAGUGGAGAGAGAGCGAGCGAAGGAAUUUGGGAGUGCGGCAAAGCAAGCAACAAGUGAAAAUGGGAGUUCAUGGAAAGAGUUGGAUAGAUUAGUGGCCAAUUUAUCACAUUAA